AAGUAUAUCGGAGCAACUUUGAUCAUGGUUCGAAAGAUACUGAAUACGUAUCUCAAAAAUAUAUGCAUAUUUCAUUGCCAAUACUCCCUAUUGCAGAUUAUUGUUCCCACUUGAGAGUAUGAUUAAGUUUGAGGCCCAUUAGCUUUUGCUUUAUAAACUUUUUUUCAGAUUUUCAUUUUUCAAGAUAAUAUUUUACAGGAGAGUACCCAAACUUAUCAGAAUUUUCAUCAAGUGAUAAAGAAUUUGACUUGUGAAACUUGAAAGACACUUACAGUUAUGGAAAAACAAGGAGAAAUAGAGAAAGGGAAAGCAAAUAAUAUUGAGUUGAUAUUCUGAUGAUGGUUUGGUCAUUUGGCGUUGUCAACGUUCUGGAUUUCUUGGAGGGGUUAAAGAAUGAAGGAGGUCAAAAUGCUGUCAACAUGGCCAAUCAAAUUGAAGCGCUGAAAUCGGUGCUGGAAUGUAUUUGUACGUACGUCCAGCUUUCUCAUUGUGAUUUGAAAUUUUUUGAUGAUGUAAUGAGUGAGGCAAGACAAGAGGUUGAGAAUCUACUUCGACCAAUUUUGGAUGAUGUUGACAACAACGUCGGGUGUAAACACAACAUGGAUCAUGUCCUUCCUAGCCUCAUGGAUAAUAUCUCAUGAUGACUGCUUGUUCUUUCUUUGAUAUAGAUAUAGAUGGACCAAUACUAAUAGCAGAGCACUCAAAGUUAGAGAACUUGAGAGAUUUAAGGACACUCGUGCUUUCCUAUUCAAAAGAAACAGAGGAUAUUUUCAUAAGGUUUCCUAAUCUUCAAAGUCUUGUAUUUGAUCUCAAGGAAUCUUGGGAUUACUUAAAAGAGCGAUAUUGGUUCCCGAAAUUGGAUCACUUAACUGAACUAGAUUACCUUAGAGCAAAUUUUGAAAGUUCAAAUGCAAAUGACAGUGGGGCCUCUUUAGCGACAAAUUGGUCGUGGGAUUUUUACUUUCCUUCCAAUUUGAAAACAUUGCUGUUGUAUGACUUUCCUCUGGCAUUAGAUUCAAUAUCAACAAUAGCAAGACUGCCCAACCUUGAAGAGUUGCUCCUUAGAAGAACAAUCAUGCAGGGGGAGGAAUGGAACAUGAGGGAGGAAGGCACCUUUGAGAAUCUGAAAUUUUUGUAUUUGGAAGAAGUGGCUCUUGCUAAGUGGGAGUUUGGAGAGGAAUCCUUUCCCAUGCUUGAGAAAUUAGUAUUGAUGAGAUUUCAUAUGCUUACAGAGAUUCCACCUAAUUUUGGGGAUAAGCUUACAGAGAUUCCGCCUAAUUUUGGGGAUAUUUGUUCGUUGAAAAUCAUCCAACUUGUAGAGAGCCUUUGUUUUGGAACAUACACGACUAUCUGUUCCACCGAUGUGUAAUACCAAUAGGAGUAGACAUUCAACUAGUUAGUAGCAUAUUGCUGAGUCAGCUAUAUAAGUUGUUAGAGGUUGUUAGACAAUGAUUAGUAAGUGGCAAUGAGCUGUCAAAUAAAGUAUUCCAGAAGAAAGGUAGUUAUUAGAUAUUUUGUUGCCUAUAUAAGGCACAACAAUCUGAUUGUAACACAUAAGUUUGGAAGCAGUUAUAAUUUUGAUC